CGCAGUACGACAGUAGACAUACACCGACAGAACAGUGAUAAACAAAUCAGUAAUUAUCUUCAUACUUUCAGAUAGGCAAAAUACAUGAGAUGAAAAUGAAAACAAGUCUUCCUAGAAACAAUAAUUGAUUAAAUAUUGUUGCGAUUUGUAAGAACGCGUUAAUCAUUGCGUGUGGGACUCUUUACGCGUAAGUGAGUAGUGUUUGCUACAUAUACUAAGAAAAUAAAAUAGAAACAAAAAUACCUUUUAAAAUUAAAAGAUAUUGUAUUAUUUUAUAUAGUGUGUAGAUUCACUGUUCAAAACAAUUCAAUCUAUUCAUGAUCAUCAAAUCUAUUAAUGACAUUAUUAUGGUGAUAGUUUAAAUUUUUUAUGAUGGUCAAGUGAUCAACGAAUUCAUUAAAACGCAAUCGAAAUUCAUGCCACACAAUUUAAAUUCAUGCCACACAAUUUAAAUUCAUGCCACACAAUUUAAAUUCAUGCCACACAAUUUAAAUUCAUGCCACACAAUUUAAAUUCAUGCCACACAAUUAAAAUUCAUGCCACACAAUUAAAAUUCAUGCCACACAAUUUAAAUACAUGCCACACAAAAAUAUAAAUAUUUUUGUUCAACAGAUCUAAUAAUAACAUUAAUGUUAAAACACAAAAAAAAAAAAAAAAAAAAAAAAAACAAAAAAAAAAAAAAAAAAAAAAAAAAAAAAAAAAAAAAAACAAAAAAAAAAAAAAAAAAAAAAAAAUAAUCCCAGCACAAAAAAAAUUUCAGAGGCAAAAUACAUAAAACACCAUAUCAAAAAAAUGGGCAAUCUUAAUUUGUACUACAUUAAUUCUUAUUUGGGCAAGUCCCAUUUCUAUCUCUGCUCAUAAUAAAUGUGCACAUUUUUUGCACCACUUUUCUCUGGUGUCAUCACGAACCAAGAAGAGCAUGGUACGGAGACUUAAAAAAAAAAAGAAACACUAAAACUCAACUAUUAGACAACGCUAAAAAAUUUGAAGCACUCCUGACUCACAUCCCAUUUCAGUACAUUUAUGGCAAUAAUAAUAAUCAUUCCUUCUUCACUCGCUGCAGUAGGGACUACAUCGUUCGGCUCGUCAACAUUAUCAAAGUAGUCUGAGCUUGAAUAUCAACUGAUUCUACUGUCUUCAAUAACUCCACAAACUCAGCUUACAAGAAUUUGAGAUGAUGGAAAAAUUAUAUAGCGCUUGUAUCCAUGCUAUUGCAGGAUGCUCACGUCGCUGUGAUGUUCUAAAAUAUAUUUAAAGAAGAAACUCUUUAAAUGUUUCGUAAAUGAUUUUUUUAUCAUUUUUAAUUACCUACAAAGAUUGAGGCAAACAGUUCUAUAAUUUUGGCGCCAUAGCUACAAGAGAGGGCACUCCGUAUGACUUCUUUCUGUGUCCAUCCACACUGGGAAUUCUCCGUAAGGACUGUGUUGAAGAGCGCGUGCUCUUUAAGGAUACGUGUUUAGAAAUCAGUUCUUUCAGAUAUCAGGUGCAGAGCCUUCUAUACAGCUGUGCGCCAGGACAGAAUUUUGUGGCCAAUGUGCCCACUCACAGGAAACCAAAGGAUAUCUCUAAGAACUAAGGUGAUGUGGUCAGAUUUCUUGAUCUACGAUACAAUGCGUGCUGCAGUAUUUGGUACCCUCUGGAGUCUUAAUUACAACUGUUACAUUAAUCUAAUCUUGACUGGAUUAGAAUGACUGUCAUAGCAUUGGCUGUUCUGUUAUUAAGUUGAGGACGCAGCUGACCCAGGGCGCGUAGAUGACAGAAACAAGCCCUGACCACAGAACUGAUAAAGGAUCAUAGUAAGUUAAAUGUAAGUAUAAAAGCCAAGGCCUCUGACAGUGUUGGACAAAGAUAUCUCAGAAGCACCAAAUUUUAUUGAUGCAAUGGCAACCUUCCGAAGAUUGGCGUCAGAACCACACAUAACUGCCUCAGUCUUCAAAGGAAUAAUCACAGGAAAUACUAGUCAAAUAGGGAUUCAAGAGUCAUGGAGAGUGGGGGUGGGGGGCAGUUUCAGUUCAGCAUUAUCCUGUGUUAGAAAUGACUUAUUUCAACUAAUAGGAUCUUUUGACAGUGCCUUUUUGUCGGACAUAUCUUACUAAUAGUGUCUUGUACAAUAUAUAUAUAAAGAGAGACUGUCACUGAUAUCUCUUUUAAAUACCCCUGUAUUUGACUUAUUUUGUUUGAAAACAUAAAGGCAAAAAUAAUUUUUAAUAAUCAUGUAUUUUAAUGCGAAUUUUAUUUACCAUGUUAAAAAAAAACCGAAAAAAACCACACUUUAUUCUUUUACAGAAGUGUUCUAAAAAUCAUCAUGGUGAAGUCUUCUAUUGCUUGCGGCCUCCAGGCUUGCUUGGGUCAGCAGUGGACCAAGGACGACUACAGCGAUUUUACCGUUGUUGUUGAUGACCAGGAGUUCCAAUGCCACAAAUUUAUUUUGGGCGCCUGUUCAACAUUUCUUAACGGGCUUAUGCGCUCUGACAUGAUCGAAAACAAUCAGCAUAGGGUCGUUCUAACAAAUGUAAGCAAAGAAACAUUUACAGUUAUUUUAAAUGGUAUUUACAAAGGUGAGGAUGGUCUCACGGUGGACAAUGUGAUCCAGGUGUGGAAUGCCACUCAUUUAUUGGACAUCGCUUUUCUUAUUGAGGAGUGUGAAGAAUUUGUCAUGAAAAAUAUUACACUUUCAAAUUAUGGCGAUUUUUAUUGCAUUUCCCAUUCGUUGAACUCCGAGAAAGUUUUGAAAUCUGUGCAAAGAUUUAUGAUGGACAAUUUUGAAGAUUUUCAAAAAAGCACAAGUUUCUACAAACUUUCCUUUGAAGAAUUUCUCGUGAUGGUAGAUGAUCAUUUUCUGCAAAUUAAAUCUGAAGACAUUGUCGUCGAUGCUAUAUUGAACUGGGUCAAAUAUCAUACCAAAAAGCCCAUUGUGAGUACAGUAAUGAAAUCUAUGACAUAUCUUAGUAAAGAGCAGACACUGGUUAAACUACUGAAAGCUGCACGGCUAUGUUUAGCAAGCCGUGAAUGUCUUGAGAAACUAAUGGAAAAUCCAUUAAUAUGCUCGAACCCAGAAGCUUUGAAAAUUGUUCAUGAAUCUCUUCUCUUUCACUGGCAGGCUAAAUGUUACGGCAGUAAUUAUAUUGUCAGGUAUCGAGAAUGCAGUGGCGUGUCCAAUGUCAUGGCUUUUGUCAGUAAUGGAGAAAUCAAAGUUUAUUCCAUACAACGAAAUUGUUUUUAUAAAAUUUAUCCUGG